AUGCAGCCCAAACGGAUCCUCAUCGCCAAUCGCGGCGAGAUCGCGUGCCGCCUCAUACGCACGUACCGGCUGUUCCCUGUCAGCCCUUCAACGCCUGCGAUACAGACCGUGGCGGUGUACACGGCGUCGGAGGCGAAAGCGCUGCACGUGGCGCUGGCGGACUCUGCGCAUGCGCUGGAGGGCGAUGGACCACGGGCGUACCUCGACCGGCAUGCGGUGGUGGAUGCAGCGCUGCGGAGCGCGUGCUGGGGGGUCGCGCCCGGGUACGGAUUCCUGUCGGAGGAUGCGCAGUUUGCAGGGAUGUGCGAGGAGGCCGGACUGGUGUUUCUGGGGCCGAGCAGUGGGCAAUUGGCGAGGCUGGGGGAUAAGGUGGUGGCGCGCGCAUUGGCGAAAAGCCUGCAAGUGCCUGUGCUGGAAGGGACGGAUGCGUCGUCGUCGCGAGAUGCGGCACUGCGGGACAUUUUAGCCUUCGCGAAAGGCGUGCCCGCAGGGUCGAAGAUCAUUCUAAAAGCCGCGAACGGUGGCGGUGGACGCGGGAUCCGUGUCGUCCCCAUCCCUUCCCAUCCGGACGAGGUGGCAAAGGCGGUCACAGCCGCAUACGAAUCGUGUUCCCGCGAAGCGCAGGCCUCGUUUGGAGACGGCACGGUGUACGCAGAGCGCUUUCUCUCCAACGCCAAGCACGUCGAGGUCCAAGUGCUCGGUGAUGGCCGCGGUGGUGUCUGUCAUUUCUGGGACCGCGAAUGCUCGCUGCAGCGCCGGAACCAGAAACUCAUCGAGAUCGCGCCGGCCCCUCAUAUCCUCCCGGCAUUGCGCCAGUCGAUGCUCGACGCAGCUCUGGCCCUAGCACACGCGGUGCAGCUGCGCAGCCUGGCGACGAUUGAGUUCCUCGUCGACCCAACCGGAUUCUUCUUCAUGGAGGCCAACCCGCGGAUACAGGUCGAACACACAAUCACCGAGAGCGUAACGGCCCAUGACCUCGUCGCUCUCCAACUGCUCAUCGGGCUCGGCCAAACCCUCACCGACAUCGGCCUACAGAACGGGACAGCGGCAGCGCCGUUCCCAAGCAAAACAGCGAUCCAGGUGCGCAUCAAUGCCGAGUCGUUCCGCGCAGGAACCGACGAAACCGUCCCGGAACAGGGUGAGAUCACAGCGCUCGCCUGGCCACUCGGCGCAAACGUUCGCAUCGAGACCGCCGCACAUCCUCCACACCCUGCUCUGGGCAGUUACAGGGUGAAUACGCUGUUCGACAGCUUGUUGGCCAAGGUCAUCGUGACUGCUCCGAGUUACGGUGGUGCUGUCGCUGCGGCGCAGAGGGCGUUGGACGAGACGUCGAUCGCAGGGGUGCGCACGAACGUGUCUUUCCUAAAGGCCUUGCUGAGCGAUCCACAGGUGCAGCGCGGCGAGCAGCACAUCCACACGGUGCAGUCUGGGUUCAAGCGCUUCCUGGAGCUGUCGAAUCGAUUUCAAGCCGACGCUGAUGCCGCGCAGAAUCGCACUGCCACCACACGUGAGGAAACUCCCACGAAAAGCGCACAAGUAGAGGCAGGGAUGGAGCAGGAGGGCAAACAUGCGGUCAAAUCGCAUCUGAGCGGGAUGGUGGUCAAAGUGUCUGUGGAGCAAGGGGCGAAGGUGCUGGAGGGUCAAGAGUUGGUGGUGAUCGAGGCGAUGAAGAUGGAGCAUGUGAUUCGGGCGGAUGCUGCGUGUGCUGGUGGAGUCGUGCACAAGGUGGUUGUCCAACAGGGGGCUGUAGUCAACGCUUCGGACGUGCUAUUCGUUAUUGACACUUCCACAUUGCAGCCCCACUCCACAAGCAGCGAAACCAAACCCGCUGCCACCGCAGUCGAGCCCGCCGAGGACCCCUCGAUCGCACGCCCCGAGCUACAGGAGCUCCAACACCGCCGGCACAUGCUCACCGACUGCGGCCGCGCCACCGCCGUCGCCAAACGCCACGCGCGCGGCUACCGCACCGUCCGCGAGAACAUCAGCCUGCUCCUCGACGACGCCUCGACACUGAUUGAGUACGGCGACCUCGCCCUCGCCGCGCAGACCCAGCGCUACACCCCGGCCGCGCUAAUCGCCAAAACAAGCGGCGACGGCAUCGUCACCGGCUUUGGCCGCAUCGCUGGCCACACGGUCGCCCUCGUCCUCGGUGACUACAUGGUGCUUGCGGGCACACAGGGGUACUUCCACCAUCUGAAGCUCGACCGGCUCCUGCUAGCAGUGCUGUCGCACCCGGCACCCGUCGUGUUGUACGCCGAGGGCGGGGGCGGGCGCCCGGGGGAUACGGGUUUCCCUGUGGCGUCUGGGUUGCACACGCCGAGCUUUGCGCUAAUGGCGCAGGUGAGCGCGCGCGGGGUGCCCAUGGUGGGCGUCGCGAAUGGGUAUGUGUUUGCAGGCAACGCGGCAUUGCUGGGAAUGUGCGACGUUGUGAUUGCCACGCGAGGAGGCAGUGUUGGGCUAGCAGAGGGUAGUGGUGGUGGUGAGGGAGAGGGUAAAGUGGGGAGGACGUCGAUCGGGAUGGGUGGCAAGGCGAUGAUCGAAGCGGGUGGAUUGGGCGUAGUGGAGUCGGAGCAGAUCGGGCCUACCAACGUGCAUGCAGUUACGGGGGGCGUGGAUAUCGUGGUGGACGACGAAGAUGCUGCUGCGUUGAUGGCGAGGAAGGUCGUGAGCUUCUUCACUCAAGCUCGACUCGACGAGCAGCGAUGGAGCUACUCGCACGACGUACGGCUUCUACGAACCUGCCUGCCGUCCGUCGAAGAGCGGCGAAGAGCGUUCGACAUGCGUCGCGUCAUCACGCUGCUCGUCGACGACUCGAGCUUUGUCGAGCUCGCCCCGCACUGGGGCAAGGGUAUGAUCACGGGGUUCGCACGCAUCAAAGGCCAAGCCGUCGCCAUUCUGGCCAACGACCCGACGUCUCCACUCGGAGGCGCGAUCGACAUCACCGCCGCACUCAAGGCCACACGCCUACUGAGACUUCUCUCGCGCACGCGCGCCACCCACCUCGUCAGCCUCUGCGACACGCCCGGCUUCAUGGUCGGGCCCGAAUUCGAACGCUCUGCCACCCCCGGCGGCUCGUUCCGCACCUUUGGCGACUGGUUCACCGCCGCCGCCGAGUUCACACAGUCCGGCGGGCGCGUCGUCGGGCUCGUGCUGCGCAGAGCCUUCGGGCUUGGUGCACAGGCGAUGCUCGGCGGCAGCACGCUGAGCAACUCGAUCUGCGCCUCGUGGCCCGCAGGCAGUCUGGGCUCCAUGUCCCUCGAAGGCGCAGUGCAGCUGAGCAUGAAGAAGCAGCUGGCAGAGGUGGAAGAUGAAGCUCAGAGGAAGAGGAUGGCGGACGAGGCGGUGGAGGAGCUGUAUCGAAGGGGCCGGGCGAUCAAUGCGGCUAGCAUGGGCGAGAUCGACACCGUGCUGGAUCCGGCUGAGACGCGGGAUUGGCUGGCGAGGGUUGUGGGAGACGUGUUGGGGGCGAGGUGGCCGACGUUCAGGGUGAGGAAGGACGAGGGGUUGGGGUCUCAUUUGUAG